ACACCUCUCUCUCUCUCUCUGCGCGUGCAAAUAAAACCCUAAUUCGCGAAUAAAUUUUUCCCUUUCCGUCUCUCAUCUGGCAAAUUGAAUCUAUCAAUGAUCGUGCUCUCUGUGAAGCCUCUAUUCUGCGUUCUUCUGGGCAGUCUUUCGCUCCUGCUCGCUGUGAUCUUCUUAUCCCCUUCGUCCUCUCCGUUUUCGCAGAUCUCUGGCUCAUCAGAUUCUCCAUUUGGAAAAGUCGAGAUAUGGAAUAUUCGGAGGAUUGCUGAGUGGCGGCCUUGCAAAUGGUGGCUGCAAGGAGAUAUAACUGCUCUGCCAGCAGAGAGUAAUGGAUAUAUCAGAGUGGAUUGCUAUGGUGGCCUCAAUCAGAUGAGAAGGGAUUUAUGUGAUGGUGUAGGCAUUGCACGUUUACUUAAUGCAACUUUGGUCUUGCCGAAGUUUGAAGUGGCUGCAUAUUGGAAUGAAUCAAGCGGUUUUUCAGAUGUGUUCGAUGUUGACUACUUCAUUCAACAGUUGAAUGGCUUUGUUAAAGUUGUAAAAGAACUGCCUGCUGAGAUUGCAUCAAGAGAACCUGUUCAGGUGGAUUGUAGCAAACGCAAGGGUCAUUUUGACUACAUUGAAAGUGUUCUCCCUUCACUGCUCAACCAUCAUUAUAUUUCAAUCACACCAGCAAUGAGCCAAAGAAGGGACAGGUAUCCUCUGUAUGCAAAGGUUGCUCUCUGCCAGGCUUGUUACAGUGCAUUACGCCUUACCAGUGCUUUGGAGAAGAAAGGCUUGGAGCUUCUGCAAGCUAUUCCUAAGCCCUUCCUCGCCCUUCAUCUUCGAUUUGAACCGGACAUGGUGGCCUACAGUCAGUGCGAGUACCAUGGUCUUUCUCUUGCUUCUAUGGAAGCCAUUGAAGCAGCCCGGGGAGAGCGAAAACCAUGGACUGGAGAGGCAGCCCAUGUUUGGAAAAACCGUGGGAAAUGCCCCCUCACACCUAAGGAGACUGCAUUCAUACUUCAAGCUCUUUCCAUCCCAACAGCCACAAAUAUUUACUUGGCAGCUGGUGAUGGUCUGAUGGAAAGGGAAGGGUUGACGUCUAUUUACACCAAUGUUAUUACCAAGUCAACCCUUCUCAGUGGAGAGGAUCUCACAACCAUGCAUGGGAACACAAAAGCUGCCCUGGAUUAUUAUGUAUCUAUCAACAGUGAUUCCUAUGUAGCAACUUAUUUUGGAAACAUGGAUAAGAUGGUAGCAGCAAUGCGAGCUUUUAAGGGGUUGCAUAAAACUCUAUUUUUAAGCAGGAGAGCUUUUGCUGAAUUUACCUCUCAGGGCUUGAAAGGAAGGGAUUUGAUGGAAGCCCUGUGGAAGGCUCAUAGAGAUGAUUUUAUUUUGGGAAGAGGGUCUGCUUUGCCUGAAUGUUUCUGUGAGUUCAAAUUGUGAUGUUUAGAUAUAACCUGAUAGGAUCAACUCAUUAUUUCUUUUUAUUUGUUUGUGAUAUUGAGGUACACAUUGCUUUUCUGUUGGGGAAUUUUUGUGGGAGUAAGAUGUGCUAUUCGACACAUGCCAAUGCGAAGUCUUAAUUUGUUUUA